UGUCAGCAUUCGUCAGUUUAAUGCUCAGUGACUGACGGACAUUGUGGAAUUUGCUGAACAAGGACGACAAAUACUACAGCAUUUUUUUCGUUUAACGGCUUAAAACGACCCACGGUCCUCAAGUUAUAGUUAAUUUAAUUAUUUUUAGGCUUAAAUCUAACCAUUCGGUACUUAUAUUUUGUAUGGAACCUGUAUGGGACAGUAAUAUGAAAAAUAUGUACUCGUCUGCACAGAACAACAUUUCCGAUCUACUCAAAUUAGCCAAAAAAUUCAACUGUUUUUAUCUAUCAGGCUUGCAUCAGGGAGUAUGCAAACCGUUCAUAGUGGCCGGAUAUCAAGUGGGCUUGAUUCGUCCAGAUGUCAUGAAAUACCUAAUUAGAUUUCCAGAGGUAUUUCGAAUCACUGGCAAAUAUGUAGAGUUAAAUCCAGCAUUCAGAGAUUAUAAAGAGCGGACUACAAAAGUAGCAGAUGUGUUGCAGAAUUUGAGAAAAGAAAAUGAGAUAUGUGCUUUAAAAGGAUGGAGAGAUGAGUGUUUUGGGGUCACUACACCAUUUUACCCAGAGAGUCUGCUGGAGAUGGAUAGGAGUGCUAUGUGCCUCUUUGGUAUCAGGAACUAUGGAGUCAGUGUAACUGGCUAUGUGAACCACCCAACGAAAGGCCUUUGCAUCUGGCUACAGCAGAGAAGUUUCACCAAACAGACCUGGCCUGGCAAGUGGGAUUGCUUUGUAAGUGGUGGCCUGGCUGUUGGCUAUGGUAUUCUGGAGACCACAAUAAAGGAGGCUGCUGAAGAAGCCUCCGUUGAGGGAGAACUAGUUAAAAAGUUGGUUCCAGCUGGCUGUGUCAGUUUCUACUUCGAAAGCGAAAGAGGCCUAUUUCCUAACACAGAGUAUGUAUACGAUUUGGAGUUGCCUCUUGACUUCAUGCCUCAGAAUGCUGAUGGAGAAGUUGAGAACUUUGAAUUGUUGACUGCUGAAGAGUGCGUUCAGCGAGCUCUCACGCCUGAGUUUAAGACAACUAGUGCUCCAGUGCUCCUAGACUUCUUGAUACGUAGGGGAUAUAUUAAUCCUGAGAAUGAGCCUCACUACAGAAACUUAGUGGAGCUGCUCCAUGUGCCCUUGCAGUCGAUCUACACUUGGCCGUGCACCGCCAGCCUGGUCCCCGUCGCCACAAUGACCACUAACGGCGACGGCGCCGAAAUACAUCAAGCCAAUUAAACGAGUCAACUGAAUUCCUUUACAAUUCUCACUUAAUUUUCCAUUAAGACUCUUUAUAGAACUUGAUUGAGUACUAAAACAUAUGUUGUGUAAAAAGUUUCUAGUCUUCCUAUAUUGCAAUGUCAAAGAGAAAUUAUGAUAUGUGCUUAUAAUUUUUGGGAUUAUCAGCGGAAUUUAUCGCUGUAUAAUAUAAUAUAAGGGAAUAUAGAAAAAUAGUUUCAUCUUUUCAUUAAAUGCGCUCCUUUUAUACAGAUAUGUGGAGUGUAUAAGGUACCACAACAAUAAUAAGUAAUCUGGGGAAUUAUUUAUUACAUACAGAAGACUCUGUGUUCUCAUAAUGACACCGCCAUUCAUGUUCAGGCUGCCGUAAUAUCUUUACAACAUCGACCGUAAUAUCGUCACAACGGUGAGUCAAUCGAAGUCUGCUAACUUCCGGCAUUGAAAUGUAUGUGUACAUUUACGCACACUGUGCUGUGAACGUCAGCACUUUAAUCAUAGUAUAUUUCUCUUUUAUAUCCAUUUUGUUAUUAUAACAAUGUUGCUAACAGGGAAUUAGACGCAACUAUCAUGGUUUUUCUUAGAUGGUGUUUAAGUAGGUUUAGACAUUUUUCAGUGAUGGCGUAACCAUUACCAGUGAUUAUUGUUUGAUGAAUUUGUAAAUAUGUUCUAGUUUAUUAAUAUGAAAUACUUCAAGGCCUAAUCAUUAUUAAUUUUAAUUGGCCUCGUAUUCAAUAUACUUUGGUAAGCUUUGAGUGUUACCUAAGUCUAUCUAUUUAAAUAUAAAUGUUUGUUUUAUCUUUGCACUCGUGACUAGUGUAUGCAGUAUCGUAAUAUUUUAGUAUACAUUGACCAAAUCUUGAUGUGUUUCGUAAUAUUUCGUGAUGUGUAUUAUUGAAGACAUCAUAGUUUAGCUAGGUAUGGUUAAUUUCUGUGAUACUUUACCGAUUUGGUAUAAGGCAAUAUUAUAUUAUCAGUUUGGUUCCUUGGUUAUUGUAGUGAGACCACUGACCAACAGGAUCGCGUAUGUUCUGAAUGCUGGUUCAUCAAACGUUUCAACAAUAUGUAUUAUUAUUUAUUUAUGUAGAAUAAAUAUUUUGUCAAAGUAAAUUUAUCGAAAGUAACUAAAUACCCAUUGAAUUAAUGUAAAAUAUUUAUUAAUCAUAUAAAUUAUAGCAUGUUUGUAUAUCUACUAGGUGCUACCUGCAGAUGUAGUACAAAAAGUUGAAUUGAAAUUCGUUAGUCUAGUCAUUCUACGUCAGAUGUGGCGAAUAUUUAAUCAUUUUGAAAUAUGAAUGAUCCCCAAAUUUAUGUUAGAGCUUGUUCCAUUAUUUUAAUUAAUAUAUUGUCGUAAUUGAUAUGUGUCGUAUUAGUUCUGCUGUAAUUAAUUUGUCCCAUUUAAGCUUCAAUGCAUCCGUUGGGCAACCUUGUCUUCGCUAAUUGCUUGUAUUAUUCUUUUAAUUAAUAUCACUAUUGAUAUAUUAAAUUAGUUAAUAAAUACGUAUAUGAAAAUACCCGCAAAAAUAAAUGUAUACUAUGGGAUAAAGUAUUUGCGAUUGUUGAGUAGGUUGAAGAUGAUAUUUCCUUCUAUUUUAUAUCUAUAGGUAAGCUUAUAAAUGCUAUAAUUUAAAUGAAAUACAUACUCAAUAUUGAUCAAUGAUAAAUCUGGCGGCAGGCUGCUUAGCUAGCUCUAACUAAUACGAUCAUGAAACAUUUAUUAUAUAUUUUAUAAUACAUACUAAUAAUUAUUUACUUAUUUUAUUGUGGCAUAUGUACUCCAUUUUAAAUGAUACUAUGUAGUUAAAUUAAUUGCCAUACUUCCCAAUAUCUCAUACUUAUCACAAAUGAAAGAUUCGCACAUGAGAUUAUGAUGUAUUACCUACCGGCACGUACCUAAUUAGUAAACGAUUAAGAGGCCUUUCAAGUGUUUGUAUAGCAUUUGAAAAUAAGUAGACAGAUUAGAAGAGACUGAAUGUUCAUUUCUUAUUUGUCUUUUUUACAGUAAGUAAUACACAGCUGGAUUUAGUUUAGAAGUAUUAAGUAUUCGCAAUUGUUAGAAAGGAGUAGGUUCGUAGUAUUGACAAGUAAAUAUUGGGUAAAUGCUAGUGAUUAAUUUUCAGUUGUCAUUACAUUUUAUACAUUUUUAUAAAUCCGCUAUUGGCGAAAGAUUUUGUAUCGAUAUUAUGUAAUACAUACUUAAAUUAUGAAUGUAAUCGUUUAUAUUUGCGAUAGUAAUAAAUUAGCGUUUUCCUAAAAAAUAAAGUUUUGAAACAUG